UGCUGUCUGCCGCGGCCCGGGGCGGGCGGGGGGCGCGGGGACGCCCCUCCCGACCCACGGGGUGAGACCCCACGAGCCCGGUCCGGGUGUGGGGCCGGUGGGCCGGCGCUGGUAGGGGCGGGGGUGAGCUGGGGACCCUGCAGGCAGGAGGAAGAGGAUGGAGAGGUGACGGUGACAUGGCCCUGCCACAGGCUUUCCCCCCAGGGCCCCUCCCGGCGCCUGCAGGUGCCCAGAGGGAGCCGCCGCCGUCCUGCCCGCAGAGUGUGGCUGAAGGCUUCCUGGAGGAGGAGCUCCGGCUGAACGCGGUGCUGAGCCAGCUGCAGUUCUCGGAGCCCGUGGGCCACAUCUACAACCCCGUGGAGUACGCCUGGGAGCCGCACCGCAGCUACGUCACCCGCUACUGCCAGGGCCCCAAGGAGGUGCUCUUCCUCGGCAUGAACCCAGGGCCCUUCGGCAUGGCCCAGACCGGGGUGCCCUUUGGGGAAGUGAAUGUUGUCCGGGACUGGCUGGGCGUUGGGGGGCCGGUGCUGACCCCGCCUCAAGAGCACCCGAAGCGACCAGUGCGGGGCCUGGAGUGCCCGCAGUCCGAGGUGAGCGGGGCCCGCUUCUGGGGCUUCUUCCGGAGCCUCUGCGGGCAGCCCGAGGUCUUCUUCCGGCACUGCUUUGUCCACAACCUGUGUCCCCUGCUCUUCCUGGCCGCCAGCGGCCGCAACCUCACGCCGGCCGACCUGCCCGCCAAGCAGCGCGAGCAGCUCCUGGGCGCGUGCGACGCGGCCCUCUGCCGCCAGGUGAAGCUGCUGGGGGUGCGGCUGGUGGUGGGCGUGGGCCGGCUGGCAGAGCAGCGGGCGCGCCGGGCGCUGGUGGGCCUCACGCCCGAGGUGCAGGUGGAGGGGCUGCUGCACCCCUCGCCCCGGAGCCCUCAGGCCAACCGCGGCUGGGAGGCGGCCGCCAAGGACAGACUGAACGAGCUGGGGCUGCUGCCACUGCUGACGACGUCAGUGUCCCCGGCCCCAGCGGUGUGAUGUCGCCCCCACCCCCCGGGCCUCCCUGGGCGCCAGGAUCCACACAUGUCCCGGACUGGCGCUGCGGUGGUCUCGGCUCCCCGGUGGCUGGGCCUCUCCGUGGCAGGCCGCUUUGGAUGCCGGAGGCAUUCCGUGGCUCAGGCGGAAAGGCCAGAGCCCUGGAUUUGCUCUUUUUUUUUCCAUUUUGGUUUUGGGGGCUACCCCUGGCUGCGCUCAGGGGACUGGCUGAGGUGUGAAGGGUUGAACCCGGGUUAGUGGUCACAAAACAAGCACCACCCGACCCACCCUACCAUCCCUGCAUCCGCAGCAGCACCGUCAGCAGCAGCAACUUUGUUUUCUAAAGUUUUGGGCUUACACCCGGUGAUGCACAGGGGUUACUCCUGGCUCUGCUCUGAGAAAUGACUCCUGGCAGUGCUCAGGGCACCAUGUGGGAUGCCAGGGAUUGAACCCAAGUUGGCUGUGUACGGGGCAAGCGCCCUGCCAGCUGUGCUGUCUCUCUGGCCCCUCAGCCUAGACUUUCUACUGAAUUCCCCCCUGCUUCUUCCCCUCCCCCCCGCCCGCUGCCAUCCCUGCCCCCUCAGGUGCUAUCAGGGGUGGACCCGGGGGCCUCACCCAUGCAGGGCAAGUGCUGUGCUCUUGAGCUGCACCCUAGGCCCCUUCUAAGCCCUGGAUUUGCACCCCAGCCGAGAGAUUUGUGGACUGUAAGACGUUGGAGGAAUCGAUUAACCUCUCCCAGCCUCGGGAUGCUCAUCUGUGAAACAGGCGUCCGCGCCUCCUGGGCUGGCGAGGGAACUCUGGGAAAUGCCUGCCGUGCCUGGCACGUGGUGCUCAUUAUACCUCUUCUCUUCUUUCUGGGUGGGGGGCGUCACUGCACACAAAGGAGCCCCUCCACUCUAAACACUAACAGGAUGGUGGGGGUGGCUGGUUCUGGGCCUCAGUCUGUGGCUUCGGUGAAAGGCAAGUUCUUGCCAGGCCAGAGAUGGGUCAGUGAUGCUGGAAAACUCAGUAAUUUUUCACUCUAAGCAUUAAAGUUCCUAAAUUCUU